AUGAACCCAAAGAAGACUGCAUUUGUUGCCCCUGUCGGCCUUUAUCAGUUCAAGGUGAUGCCUUUCGGUCUCAAGGAGGGGGACCUUCUGCUCGUCAUUCCAUCACACCUGCGUUCGACUGCCCUCUGCCAACUUCACGACGCUCCCUUGGGUGGACAUUUGGUCGUCUCGUGCACAUAUGACCGUGUACGCCGUCGAUUCUUUUGGCCGGGCCUCGCCUGCUCCGUGCGGCGCUACAUUGCCGCUUCCGACGAGGACAUGGACGACGACAAGGCUCCUGGCGGUGGCGGUGGCGGUGGUGGCGGUGGUGGCGGUGUUGAUGGCGGCGGUGGCAACGGAAGUCGAGGUACGGGUGACGAUGCUUCCUCUCCGCCAUCGUCUCCAGCAGGAACGCCACCAGAGACAACCGUGCCUUUACCACGAGUUCCAACACCGCAAGGUCCUGUUACACCGGAACCGAAAACGACCCCGACAACGACCCCGCCAACGACCCCGACACCGACCCCGACAACGACCCCGACAAAGACCCCGAAAACGACCCCGAAAACGACCCCGAUAACGACCCCGACAACGACCCCGACAACGACCCCAACGACGACCACGACAACGACUACAACGACGACCACGACAACUACGACCACGACAACGACGACCACGACAACGACCACGACUACGACGACGACCACGACGACGACCACGACCACGACCACGACCACGACCACGACGACGACUACACUGCCACCAUUCACAGAACUCAUCUGCACGGUUUCCAGCUUUGCGGUUUUCGGAUACAUGUACCCACCAGAUGGCUUGUGUCACUACCUGUUCUACUGGAACGUGGUCGUUAUUGGCACCGCCAUACGGGCCACAGAGGUCUCGCGUUCGUGGGAAAUUUUCAAGGACGAAAUGGCAAGGCGCAAGAAAACGUCCGGAGGCAUCAGUUUCGACUCCCGGUACGUGACUGCGGCUAGUGUCCGCUCAGUAAAGAAGGAGCUGGAAGAUAUAGCCAAGAUAAACAUCGUGCACUACGGUGUUCUAAACAUGUUGGCCGCCCCAGAGAAAGCGCACGACAUGUUGCAGCAAACGAAACCGGCUCUAAAGGAACUCAAGAAUAUGCAAGGUAACGACACUACCAAAAGAACGAUACUGGCGAUGGGCCUGUACGAUUACGGCAGGCGAGGAGAAUACUAUACCAACUUCGCCAAUCUGUUCAAAGAAGCCGUCGAGUCGUCGAACGCAGACACCGUCAUCGCGAUCAGCUCUGUCGGUUGGGUGUACAACACGGGGCUAUGUGAAUGUACGCCACCAUCUAUCUGGGACACGGCGACGUUACCUGGCAGACGCGCCGCUUUCGCAAAGAAGUAUCCUGAUCUGAAGAGGCAUGCAGCGCUGAUGUCGAACGACCACCGCUACAACAACUCGAAGGUCCAGGUGGGCCUCUCUUUCGAGUUGGCCACACUUGUGUACAAUAGGUCAGAAGCCUAUACAUAUCGAAGGGCUGUAAAUAUUGCAUUGGUCCACAGCCACUGCAACCAGUUCUUUGCGACGAACUUUGACGUCGUGCCAUGUAAAAUGAAUUCAACCUCAUCUCGUAUCCGAGUACACCCCGACAUCAAUAUGGCAUUUAGAAGAUAUGUGCCAUCUCUAAUUUUCCUCUUUGAAGACGAGGAUACCUUGGAGAAAAAGGUGAGCCUUUCGGCAUUUGCAUUGUAUCCAUACUAA